AUGCGGCCCGACGGGCUAUCAAGCACGAAUGGCUUUUCACAGGCCGCUUACGGGUCGACCUCGAGGAAAGCCAGCCUGAAUGGCCAACAAAAUACGUCGGCGAAUGGAGAGUCGCAGUCAAAUGGCGCCGUGAAACCUUUGACAAGCUCCUACUUUGGCCACAACCGGGAGGAAGUAACGCGGAUCUUGAUCCAGAGCCUGUAUGAGUUGGGCUACGGCGGUGCAGCAUCGACUUUGAGCUCUGAGAGCGGCUAUCAGCUGGAGACACCCGGCGUUGCAACAUUCCGGAGCGCGGUACUCGACGGACGGUGGUCCGAGGCAGAAAGAAUUCUUGUUCAAUCUUUCCGAAACAUGGCACCAAAGAAUGGCCAAAAAGGUGCUUCCGAAGAAAUGCUGGUACUGGCAGAGGAUGCGGACAGGAGUGAAAUGUUGUUCUAUCUCCGUCAGCAGAAGUUCUUGGAGCUCCUCGAAGCUCGCGAGUUGGGCUCAGCACUACAAGUGCUUCGGCAAGAACUCACGCCUUUGAACUACGAUGUGGACCGGCUCCAUGCGCUUUCAAGUCUCCUGAUGUGCCCGACGGAACUGCUUCACGAGCAGGCUGGCUGGGACGGCCCAAUCAGCUCGUCCCGAGAACGGCUUCUGGCCGACCUAUCAAAAUCCAUUUCCCCCUCCGUUAUGAUCCCCCAGCAUCGUCUUGCAAUUCUAUUAGACUACGUGAAGCAGGGUCAGAUCGGCAACUGUCUCUAUCAUAAUACCGCCGAGGCGCCGUCACUCUAUUCCGACCACAUGUGCGACCGAGGCGAUUUCCCCUUGGACGUCACCGCCAACCUCAAUCAGCACAUCGAUGAGGUUUGGCACUGCGGGUUCUCUCAUGACGGAACCAAAUUGGUUACUGCAGGCCAGGACCGCACCGUGCUGAUUUACGAUACGAGUACUUUCACGGUGCUCCAUAGACUUAACGGACACUUGGACGGAGUUGCCUUUGCCAGCUGGAGUCCCGAUGACUCUAAGCUUAUCACUUGCUCGCAAGAUAGGACGGCCCGUGUAUGGAACGCAGAGACUGGUCGCUGUCUUUUGACGAUUGAUCAUCACUGCCAUCCGGUGACCGCUGCAGGCUGGGCUCCCGAUAGCGAAUCAUUCGUAACGUCAUCAUUUGAUGCGAACUCGGGGCUUUGCCAUUGGAGCAUGAGGGGAUCGCCACUCCACACUUGGAAGGGAGGAUUCCGUACACAAGAUUGCGCCAUCAGCCCCGAUGGCCGACGGCUCGUGGCAGCAGACACGGAUUCCAAGCUUCACGUAUUUGAUUUCCACACCUAUGAAGAAGUCUAUUGCCUCUCUCUUCCGAGCAAACCGACCUCCGUUGCGAUCAGCCGGGACUCGAAGCACAUGCUGGUAAAUUUGGCUGAGGGGGAAAUUCAGUUGAUCGAUAUGGAAACCACCACCGUCGUUCGACGGUUCCGGGGAUACAAGCAGGGCAGUUAUGUGAUCCGGAGCACUUUCGGUGGAGCAGCGGAGAAUUUUGUCGUCAGUGGCAGUGAAGAUUCCCGAAUUUACAUCUGGCACAAGGAGAACGGCACCCUCGUGGAAACCUUGGAGGCUCAUACCAAGGGUUGUGUAAACUCAAUAUCUUGGAGUCCGACAAAUCCAGGCAUGUUUGUCUCAGCCGGUGACGACAAAGCCGUGCGCAUCUGGUCCAAAGACCCGGAACGACAUCGCCCAAUCGGCGGAGCGAGUCAACGAGGAGGCAUAUCAUCAACUGGGUUCCCGCGGACAAGCGCAUUACGGACUACUUCAACAUUUUGA